ACGCCAGCCGUGCACCAGCACUCAGGAACGGGCAGCCGCGCGACUGGACGCGUCCGUGCGCAGCAUAUUUUUGUUUAUAAACGCCAUAACCUAGACGCAACAAGUGGGUCACGGUGUUGUUGUAUACGAUGUGCUGCGCGGGCUAUCGCGUCGCGGCGCGCGCGACGAUGAGAGAAGCGCGCGACGCACACAUCCCUCAAUGGGAAAUCGCUACGGGAAUCGUGACGAGAGAAUCGCGGACGCUGCUGGCUACCACCGCCGCUGCUGUCUAAAUGCGCGCGCGCGAUUAUUUACACGCCUCUACGUAUAUCGUACAAUAUAGCGAGCACUACACUUGUAAACAAUCUCCCGGAGGGCGGCGAGCAGUACCGUAGGAAGCCCGCACGCGGAAGUAGUCUCCCGCGACCAUCGCUUGUUCACCAUUGGCCAAUCGUCGACGGUUAUCACCAGUUAUCGUUCGAGCUUCGCGUGUAUCUGCCGUUCCCGGGCGUUUUUUCUCACUGUCGUUUACGCGCUCGUCGAGAUCAGCCAAUUUGUCUGAUGUCGUGUAUAAGAGGAAGUAAACUAUAUUUGUCUCAUUUAAAUUGUAACGAUUACGAUUAUAUUCGGUCGGUAUGUCAGGUCUCAUAACCUAGCAAAACUUGCUUCUCAAGGCUUCAUUAGUAGUUUGCCUUCACAAAAAAUGUUUUUUACACAAUAAAGAGUGACGACUUUCGUAUCGUGAACAUUAUAAGAAACGAUGUAGUAUGGAAUGUUAUAUUUAAAGAAACUUGGAGAGGUUGAGUGUAAUCUAUUGCGUGUGUAUGAAAUAGGAAAGUUAAUAAAAGUUAACAACCAUGAGUAAACAAGACUCAAGAUCAAAAACAUUUAAGCGUGCUGAGAAAAACUUGCAAAACAAAUUGAGCACUACAUUUUUGAAGAACUAUCCACAUCAUCUAAUGCCGGGUUACAACUUGAACAAGUCGCCAUGCAUUGAGGAAUGGGAUGAAGAAAAUAUUAUAGGAUUCUUUCAAGAAUUUCCAUAUAAUUGUGACUUUCCCAAGCCUUUAUUACCACCAGCAAGGUUACCAAGAACAGUACUUAGUGAGGAAGAUCCAGCCUUACAACUUCUUACUGUCAAAAACCAUUUAAAGGAUGAUAUAAAUAGAAUAAUAAAUUAUUAUCAGAAACAUGAAAAAGAGUUUGGUGUACCCAAGAAGAAGACAAAGUGGAAAGUAAAAAAUAAUGGAUCUAAUGCGUACACAAAUAUACCGAGAUAUGUUGCAGAUAUAGCAGAACUAAUCGAAAUGAAUCCUGAUCCUUAUUUUGAGGAGGCUUAUAACUGGUAUUAUACUGGUGGAUCAUUGAACUAUAUCCAAUUAAAUGGCUGGGAUAUUCUGUUGUUUCCAUUUAUGGGAGAUUUAGUUGCUGCAAAUAUUAUUGCUAUGGAGGAUUCUAUAUGGAAGCCGUUACUGCAAAAUUCAGCUAAAUAUGAACUACAUGAAGCAUUAUAUGAAAUUAGACACAAUAGUAUUGAUAAUACAUGUAGAAUUUUAGGAAGGCAUAAAAAUCAGUGCGCACUUUAUACGCUCUGCAAUUUUGAAAAUCAUUUAAUACUUAAAGAAAUUCAUAAGCAAGCAUCAAAGAUACCAUACGUCAGUGCUGAUUUGAGUUUAAUCAAUGUCAAUCAUCAUUGUACACUAAACGCGGAUAAAAUCUUGUCUUUAUGGGAUAUUACUAGGACAUAUCACAUCAGCAAUGGUUCCGUAGUGCAAAAUAAGGCUCAGGAUGCUUGGGGAAGUGUAAGAUUCCAGCAGGGAGAUCCAAACGUAUUGAUUUAUGUAGACCGAUGUUGUUUACAUUAUAUUGAUACCAGAACCUCCUUUGAUCAUCCGAGUCUCACACUGUGUCCAAAAUCACAUUUAGAAAAUUGCGAGAGCCUCUCAGUGGAUGCGGCGAGCAGAAAUGAUUCUUGCCGAUACAUAGGUACCUAUCAUUCUCUGUUAAUGUGCGAUAAUCGUUCUCCGAAACAAUGUAUACAGCAAAAAUGGACGCAUCAGUUUAAGGACACUCCGCUAUUGAUGACUGUAACGAACAGCAAUAACAAGGAGAUCGUCGUCUUGUCAAGUCAGACAGCCGGCGAAAGUGCUAUAAUUCUGAACACUUGGGCAAGUUUGGAGGCAUUCCAUUCCUUUAAUUUGCCUUUUAAACCCCCAUACAUAGCGGAAACAUUGAACGAGGCUCAAUUGGGAGGGAUGUGUUUGGAUCCAUACUUACGAAGCAGAUUUGAUCUAUGUAACGUCGGUAGCACGCUAGCCACAAGUCCAAAAGGAGAAGUGUCUUUCUUCGUACAAAAUUCGAUUGGUGAUAUAUUUUAUCAGUGCAUAACACACGAAACCGUAUUGGAUAAGUAUUCACCGGUAAAUAACAAGGCAUGUUACGCGUUAAGUAUGUGGGAGAAGGCUUUGUUAGCACAACCUGAACCGUUGGCACCCUUGACGCUGACUAAUAAGCAUAAUAUGGAACACAUAUUCAAGAGUUUUACGAAUAGAAAGCUCCGUAUGAAAACUAGCGAAGACGUUGCGGACGAUCCUUUCGAGCCAACCUGGAAACAAUCCUUAUCUAUGCUGGGAUCAUAUAUCGACAUAUUAGCCCCGGAACUUCUCGCGGUUUGGGAUGUACGUGAGGAAGUAGCGAUACCCGUGACCGCGGCGCCCCACCAGAAAGUAUUGAGUUGGUUGGAAUCGUCGCAGUAUGCCGCGCAAUCACAGCCUGAAUAUGUAUCUACACCUGUUAACACUCAAGAAUUGAUUAGUGUGUCCCAACAGCAAGAUAUCGCGUGUAUUGAUGACAGUAAUGUGCUGCAAGAGAUACUGUUGCCGAAAGUCGUGUCGAAAUCAAGCAGAAGACCGAGAAAUAUAAUUCGCUCAACUCCGGAUUAACAUAAAAGGAAAUUACCGUGAGAAGUACUGUGAUACUACUUGAAAUUUGUGUUACAUUUCAUUUUUGCAAAUAUACAUAAGAAUCAUUUCAUUUAUGCGUAUAGGUAACAACGUAUAUUCAUA